AUGCCGUCAUCGCUGCAGACUGUGGCUAUGAUGUUGUAUGCAUCAUGGUGUUGCUGGACUUCAGUGCAAGUCGCCAUCGAGCACAUCUCGGCGCUUCAACAGCUCCCGACAUCGCCACGAACAGUGCUACGCUACAUCGCUGCCACCUUUGUAACUGCACUCCUGCUGUCGCUGAAGCAGCGCUGCCUUGAGGAACCAACAACAGCGCCUUCUACCAGCCGUCUGCCUCCAGACAUCUCCCAUGUAGCCCACGUAUCACGACCGCCCGUAUCGCCCGAGCUCGUCGCCGCGCCUACUGUCAUGCCCGUUGCUGCCCAAGAACUGCCCCCCAGACCGACGCGCAAGCAACGAAGGCGGUUAUACCAAGCGAAGCAACGGGGGAGAGCUAAAGAGGACGAGGCAAGAAAACAGCGUGAAAGGCUCUCCAGACACGGCGCUUCGCCGAGCAUUGCGUAUAGUCAGCAGCCGCUCACCUGGUACCAGCAGGCUCCGGGCGCAGUCUUCCCGGCCUCAGUUCCUCUUACGACGCACAACUAUUACGCACCGCUUUCAAGUUUCGGGAGUUACAGUGCGGCCUCCCCGACACCAUACAGCGAGAUCAACUGCUACCAUGCAGAUUGGGCAGGCUUCAACACACCGCGGACGCAAUGGUCACAGCACCAGAUGCCUCAGCAGCCACAUGGCCUACACUGGAGCAUUCCCCAAUGGUCUGCCAAUGUGCCUGACCUCUCAAGCUCGUCGAGCAGUGAUUACGCACCAUCUGGGGCUCAUACACCAGGAGUAUUGCACGGUUCUGCACCUCAGUGCCAGAUCCUGGACGACUGCCACAUCGAGGGUUUCCAUUUGCCCUCCAAGUGCGCACUCGAAGACGUGUCUUGUGGUACAAGCGUCGCGUCAGACUUGAAGGUGGACGAGAUUGACCUUGCCACACGUAUGCGAGUCGGUAGUUAUGUCGAGAUAUCUGCUCCCGCAAAUGCCGACACUGGCGAUCGUGACCUCUCGGUUUCUAUACCAAAGGUCGCAGACCUGAGCUGGGUCACGGAAAAGGAUUGGCAUCGGCCGGCUCUGAAACGGAUGGCGCGUGUGCAGACUGCCCCAUUAGAGCAUGCCUGCCAUGAAGCUUCGCGUUAUAUUCGCCAUGCGCCGGCGUACCUCUCCUGGCACAUCCGCAGUCCCCACGGUCCAUCUCUUUCAGAUCUACUCGCAUUUCGGCGUUCGGCGUUCGGCGUAUACGAUAAAGGUAUUGGCAGUAGCAUGCCAUGGCGUUAA